UUUUCGGUUAGUGGAUGCAGGGUAGCCUGCCUCGAUUCUCUUCAAGUUUUCCACGAGCUCCUCUGUUUGUUUUUACAAGAAUCGAUGGGAAUUUAACGUUGUAAUGCAGAAGAAAACUUGUUAGUUUUUUGGAGAAAAGGCAGGGGGUCUGGCGCUGGCGAUCACCCCCUUACCAUCCCAACGCUAUGCCGUGGGUGAGUAGCAGUAAGCGAAGAGAAAGCUCGGAGCUACCGCUGCCCGCGGGCUGGGAGGAAGCACGGGAUUAUGAUGGCAGAGUAUUCUACAUUGACCACAACACUCGACAAACUUCGUGGAUUGACCCAAGAGACAGGAUUACUAAACCCUUGACUUUUGCUGACUGUGUGGGGGAUGAACUUCCUCUGGGGUGGGAGGUAGUGUAUGACCAGCAGGUGGGCGUCUACUACAUCGACCAUAUCAACAAGACUACGCAGAUAGAGAACCCGCGGACGCAAUGGCGACAGGAGCAGGAACGGAUGCUGAAAGAGUACCUGGUGGUGGCACAGGAAGCACUGAGUGCCAAGAAGGAGAUGUACCUGAUCAAGCAACAGAGGCUAGAGUUAGCCCAGCAAGAGAUGCAGCUGUUCCAUCAACUUUCCCAGGAGGACAACCGCUCAAUCAGCAGCUCUCACUCUGGCUCUUCUUCAAAUGCAAAAUAUGACCCUGACCAAAUCAAAGCGGAAAUUGCCUGUAGGCGUGAGCGGCUGUCCAGGCUCAAACAGGAGCUGGCCCAGGUGAAGCAGGAGUUGCAGUUUAAGGAAAUGGGUGUGGAGACCCUACAGGAGAUUGACAGGAAGAUGUCUAGCAGUCAGACCAAUUACAAGUUGGAUGAGGCACAGGCAAUCUUUACCGAGCUGCGCAGCAUUAAGAAGGCCAUCAGCACAGGCGAGAAAGAGAGGCAGGACCUCAUUCAGAGCCUGGCUAAGCUCACAGGGAACUUCCAUAGUUUGUCAAUCAGUGACUCCAUAAACGAGGUGGCCAACAAUGCGGGAACCUUGGGUGACUCUUGCAAUAUACAACAAUACUGUGAUACCGGCUGUCAGACCGAUCUUAUGGGAGAGUUUGGCACCCACGAAUCCUCACCAUUAGUCGACAAAGUCAGACUCAACUGGCAGUAUGAGGAAGCCAAGAAAAAAGUGUCCAGUAUUCAGCACCAGCUGGCUCAGUUGGACAGUGAAAGCUGGUCUGGUCGAGCAGAAGCUGACCGAGACAGGGACUGUCUGCAGCUGCUGCGGGAGAAAGAGGCUCUCCUACAGGAGAUCACGCUGCUGAGCCAACAACAGCGCCCCCCGGAGGCUUUCCACCAGCUGGAGGAGGAGAGGCGCAGGCUGGAGGAGGAAGUGCAGAGAGCCCACAAUACCCAGAGCCAAGGAGCCAGCCAAAGACUUCUGCUGCAGGAGAGGAGGAAUGUGCUACUGAGACAGCUAGAAGAGGCCACACGUAUUGCUACUUAUCUACACUCACAGCUAAGGAGUCUCUCUGCCAGCAAUCUGACGGCGUCAUCCAGCAGUAGCCGCGGCUCUUUAGCUUCCAGUCGUGGUUCCUUAGCGUCCAGCCGCGGCUCCCUCAGCUCCAUCAGUUUCACUGAUAUUUAUGGCAUUCCUCAGUAUGAGCGUCCCGAGGGCUGCGUGGACUCGGCCCAAGACCCUCACCUCCGCUACCUGUUGCCCUUGGAAACCCUGGGUCGAGACGGAAUCGGGUUUGGGCCCAAGCGCUCCCAUGACACGCCCCAGUCUCUGGCUUCCCUCUCUUCUCGCUCCUCCCUCUCCUCCUUGUCCCCGCCCAGUUCACCUAUGGACACACCCUACCACUCCACCCAGGACUGCCCACUCACCCAGAUGACAGAGGAGUAUAUGGAGCUGGCUAGCCAGGGACUAAUGGAGGAGCUUAGGGGCCAAUCCACAGCUCCUCCGCAAGCUUCCAGACAGAGUGAGGCGGAGGCCAGUGGCCCUGCAGCUGCUAACCUGCUCGAGGGUAAAUGUCACAAAGAUAGUGGCUCCCAAGGGCCAUAUACCUCGACAGGAGUGACCCUGCGCUGUAAUAGUGCCAAUAGAACCAGUAGAAGGGUGAGACGUGUGUCUGCAGAAGUGAGUGAGGAUGCUCUGGCCACAGACAGUGGUGUGUUUGAGGCCUGGAGCAAGAGCAGAAUGGAAGAGGCAGAGGAGGUCACCUACUCCCCUGACCCGGUCACCACACCCGAACCAGUCCAGAUCCAGCUCGGCCUGCUGUAUGACAUAAAUUCACGAUGUCUCCUGCUGCAUGUGCUUCAGCUGAAAAACGUAAAUAAGGCCGCCUUGAGAGAGGGUUACAAAGUGUAUGUGAAGGUGCACGUGACGCCUGCAGAUUUGAGCCGGCCGUGUGUGUAUUAUUGCUGUAAGGCUCAGGAACCGCGUCCUGUGCUCAGUUUUAAUGAGGGUUUCCAGAUUCCAAUGCCCAACGAGGGCUUGGGAGCCCACACACUGCAACUGGUCCUCUGGGCUGUGGGGCCACAGGGUCAGGAGGAUAUACUGGGCACGGCACAGAUAGGGCUAACCGACUGUGUAGGUGGCACAGAGAUGGUGUUCCAGUGGCACAGAGUGCAGAUGCAGACCAGCACAGACAACCUGAAGGCAGAGCCCAGCGGUGUCAGUGAACAUCAUAACCGCAGCGUGGUGGAAUGUGAGGAAGAGGAAGAUCCCCAGAAAAGGACAAAACUGGAGGAAGGGGAGAGAGAGCUGGAGCUCAGUGCAGAGGAGCUGCAGGAGCUACAGGACAGGAAAGAGGAGCAGGGAGAGGCCGUGUCUGAGAGGAGCUGGCAGGCUGAGUCUGUGGACAGUGGCUGCAGCAAUAGCACUGCAUUUGUCAUGCCCUGCACAGAGGGACUGUGUGCCGAGGGCAUCUGCAUGACCACAGGGGGGCGCUGUGUUCAGCCAGCAGAUAGAACAUUCGUAGUGAAGGUUGACAAGGCGACGAACACAGAGGGAGCAUUCCCAGAGCCAGUGAGGAUUCGGCCGAAAGAGCGAUGCGGGCGCUGGGGCCACGCCUCCCCGUUCAUGCGGAGCAGCACGCUAGUACGCUCGCAGACCUUCUCGCCUGGGGCGCGCAGUCAGUAUGUCUGCAGGUUGUAUCGCAGUGACAGCGACAGCUCCACUCUGCCAAAGAAAUCACCUUUCAUCAGAAACACUCUGGAGAGACGCACUCUCAGAUAUAAACAGUCCUAUCGCUCCUCCCUGGCUGAACAGCCAACGCGCACCUCCCUGGACCUGGAGCUGGACCUCCAGGCCUGCAGGACACGCCAGAGGCAACUGGCCGAGGAGCUGACCGCUCUGAGGGAGCUGAAGGUCAGACUGGAGGAACCCCAGGGGAGAGAGGUCACUGACUUGCCCCACUGGGCCUUGCGUGAUGAGCGUUUCCGCAGUCUCCUCAGAGAGGCCCAGAGACAGGCGAGGCAGAGCAGACAGGAGCAGAGGCAGGAGGAAGCAGUGGAGAGGAGAUUGAGGAAGGCCUCCAAAGAAGUUAUGCAAAUGAGGGGGCAGAGCCACAAAGAGCCCCUCCCAGUUCAGACUUUCAGAGAAAAGAUGGCGUUCUUCACUAGACCACGGUUUAACAUCCCGCCGCUGCCUGCUGACGAUGUAUGAGCGUGUGCUUCUACGCCGCGUUGAUCAAAUAUGAAGUAUUUGUCUUUUUUUGUAUUCAAGCCCAUGAAGUAAUUAGAACAAAAUGUAGAUAUUUCAGCACAAAGAUCAAAUGUAAAGCUAUUGAUAUGCAAGUUUUGAAUAACAAAAGCUAUACGAAAAGGGUAUUUGUGUGUGAAUAUACCGAUGCACACAUGUACACAUAUAUUUAAUGUAAUUAUGGACAUCUUGGCUGGUUUCCCCUGUUUUUUAGGGGGGAAAGGGCUGUUUUAUAAGAGAACAAAAUAUCUUUUUACUCCUGUACGAUUUACUUCUGAUAUUUCGAUGUUUGUGCUUACUUAAGGCUGGAAGACGGGAACAAAGCCAGUUUAGACAAAUUCACUGUACUGUAAGUUAUUUUAUAGUACUUUUCCUUGAAGGAAAUAAAAAUGCUUCCUGCUUUUUUUUUUUGAUGUAUUUUAUAAAGCUUAAAACAAAUAGCACUUACUGUAAGUGUUUUGACGUACAGUAGAAUGGAACUUUUGGCUGAUUUUGUUUCUGUUACCUGAUUUCUUUAAAGUUAUUUACUUAAAAUGU